AACUAGUCUCUUGGUUGCGAAAUGCAGAGGCUCAGUGCAGCCCUGGGGACGUGUCUCUUGGUCUGAAAUCAGUGCUGAUUUCCGGGAUCAGCCUCUGCUACGAGCCCUUCCCUUUCUCUCUCCCCAUUCCCUCCCUUCCUCUCUCCCUCCCUUCCUCUCUCCCUCCCCGGGCAAACAUGCAGCUGUCAGCCGACACCAUGGUUUUGCUCCUGUCACUAACAGCGAUUCCAGUCUCUUACCUUUUCAACAGCUUCUCUGCAAUGGGCAGUUCCGUCCUGGUGUUUGCUGGAGGUGCGGCUGUGCUCCUGGUUCUGGUGUUGGGUGUCCGUGUGUUGCUGAAGGCUAACCCUCCAGGGGACUCGCUGUUUUACGUGUUUGCUGUCUUCAGCUUUACAAGUGUCAUAGAUUUGAUUAUCUCUCUGGAACAAGACGGGUACAUCACAGGAUUCAUGGCCUUUUACUUGAAGGAGGGCGAGCCUUACCUCCGCAGUGCCUAUGGGAUAAUGAUCUGCUACUGGGAUGGGACAGUCCAUUACCUGCUCUACCUGGUGAUGGCAGCUUCCAUAACACGGGGGCAGAGCUACAGGAAAUUUGGACUUUACUGGGUGGGAUCUGUUCUGAUGAGCUUACCUGUUUUGUUAAUUGGGACUGUCAUAGGUAAAUAUGGAUCUGAGAUCCGCCCUUCCUACCUCCUAAAUAUUCCAUACCUGAUUAUCCCACUUUGGGCUGGGAAGAAGAUCUAUGAGAAGCCCAGAACAGUGUCCCGCACAACACCUGAGGAGGUGGCUGAGGAACACAAGAAGUUGAUAUAUCAGCGGCCGGUGGACCUGUUAUUGGCGCUCUACCUCAUGGCUGCUGUCGCCUACACCUUGUUCAGAGGCAUUGUGGUGCUUGACUGCUCAUUUGAAUCCUGCUUCAACUACAUUUACCACGACGAGCCCUAUUUGAAGGACCCAGUGGGAUACCCCAAGAUUCAGAUGCUGAUGAACAUGUUCUACCUCCUGCCGUUCUUCUGCCUGGCUCUGUACGGGCUGAUCAGACCCGGCUGCACAUGGAUGAUGGACGCGACGCUGGUGUUUGCAGGAGCUCUAGCCCAGGCUCAGUUCUCUCAUAUUGGAGCCUCUAUGCACUCACGGACUCCAUUCACCUACCGCAUCCCUGUGGACAACACACUGACCUUCCUCCUGGUCAACAUCCUCUACGCCGCAGGUGCUCAGCUCCUGGCCUAUCACUGCAACAAACACUCCAGCUUCUUUUUGACAGGGAAAGAGAGUGACAAAAAGCACCAAUAAAAAAAAUGCUAAGCAUUUGAUAUAACGUCUUAUUGUGUCUUCCACAUGUCCCAAAGCGCUUCACAGAAUAUACCGUAAAGCAGAUUGACUGUAUAUUGUGUCUGUGUUUUAAUCUUGCUGACGAGAAUUGCAAAAUGUCUUUUUUUUUACCUGAAAUCUAUUUUACGUUACUGUACGUUAGAAACCAAAGCUUGGGAUGAGGGCGAGAGAGUGACUUUGAGCGGAUAUUUGGCAAUGCGGCAUCUCACACUGUAAUAAAAAUUCUCUUUUCGU